AUGGAUAAAGAGAACCUCAAGAGAGGCGAUAGGUCGCCGAUUGUUUUAACGGACUCAGAACAAGAUGAUUUUACAACUUCAACAUCGAAGAAACCAAAAUUUGUAUGUCAAGGUUUAUUUAAACGUAACGUUAAGGUUUAAGGCAACUCCAACUGCUAUUCAAAGGAAACGAGAGGAAGCACUACUGUUGUCUGCUCAGAGAAAGGCUGAAAGGGAAAGAUUGAAAUUGUAAGUUUAAGUUAUUUUAGUAAUUUGAUUUUAGGGAACGUGAAUUGCUAAAGCAAGAAAAGGAACGGCAGAAAGAAGAGGAGCGAAGAAAGAAAGAAGAAGAAAGGGAACGGCAAAAAGAAGAGAAACGACAACGACUUGAAACUAUCAGAAGACAAAAAGAAGCCGAUAAAGAAGCAAAGAGAAAGAUAGAUGAAGCCAAGAAACACGCCGAACAAGAAGCUAAACGGUUGAAAGAAGCCAAGAAGAAAGCGGAUGAAGAAGCGAGGUUGAUUAAGAGGAUGAACAAGGCGAAAGAAGAUGAAGAGAAGCGUAGGAAGAAAGAGGUAAACAGUCCCAUAGCUCUAAUUCUGGAUUACAUUUGCAGAAAGAAGAAGAGAGGAAGAGGAAACAGUCUCAAAUGUUCUGCGGCUUCUUUGUUAAAGUUACUAAAGAACGGAGGACAUUGGAAUGGGGAACGGACAAGUUUAAACCUUAUGAAAUCAAGGAAGGCUUUGUUUUAGCGCCAAUUCUGCGACGACCUCCAUUAAGUCCAGAUGUAUAUGAAAAUUUGUUGAAAAUGGAAGACGAAGUAUGUCUUAUCGAAUGUAUAGUCCUGGGCAAAUAUUUUUGACCACCCCCUUGACCCCUUUGGCGUAGGAGUUUAAUUGAGCGGCAUGCACAUUGCAAGGUUUCAAGAUCUUGUAUCACCAACUCCAAUGAACAACUUAAUAGUGUUUCUAGAACAGGAAAGUCGUUGUUGUCGUCUCGGGUAUCAUUUACCAUGUAGACAAUAUGAGUUGUCACACGCCGAAAUUGUUAAAAAAUAAUGCUCACGUCCUUGCAGGCCCAUAAAGAGUAUUUUAAGAUAACUGAACCAUUUCGCUUACUCUUAAGAGUGACAUAGAAAACUUUAGUAAUUUAAAAAUGAUUAAAAAGUCCGAUUUUUGAAAAAUUUGCGUUACUGAGUGAUGUAUGUAAACCAUACCCGCACGCUUCAGUAGCUUGAAUCCUACCAUCACAUUGAACCAACCCCAAAACCUAAAUUCACCCAAAAAGGAUAAUGUUGUGCGAUUGGUGGACUUGUAUGGGAGGUAUUUAUUAGGAAUUGCUCCCUGGUGGUAAAACUCACUAAAUAACUGUAUUAUCGCCUGUUGGACCGCGUUGCCGAAAAUGUUAGAGAAAAAUGGAACAAAUGUUCCUCCUUCACAACAGCGCCUGCUACCACAUUGCAAAAAUCGCGCGCAAAAAAUUCAGGGAGAAUGUAUGGACUUUACUGCUCUACCCACACUACACCCCAGCCUUGGCACCUUAUGAUUACCAUUUGCUCAGAUCGCUAAGCUACCGUUUGGGAGAUGUGCGGUUCGAUUGUUUGGGGGACCUCAAAACGGGCCUUUCUGACAUUUUUGAUUAUAAAUACCCUAGUUUUUAAGCUCGCCAAUUGAAUCCUUGUCGGAACGUUGCAAUACGUAGCGGAUACCGACGGUGGAUACUAUGUUUGGUUUCCCGUUACAACUGUCUAAAUAAAUUUGUUUGAAAAAAAAAACAAAAAAAGGGAAAACUUUCGUUCCAACCUAAUAUUUUUUUGAAAUUCCAUCGAUUAAAAAUGGCGGGUCUCAGCUCCAGAAAAAUAUAAAUUUUACAAGGAAAGUACUUCUAUGGGGUGUGGAAUUACCGGCCGAGAUAUAUAUCAAAAAAUUCGCAAAAAUUUUCUGAUUCAGAAUAUAUAUAAAUUAGCUGCCUAAUUUUGGUCUAUCAGCGAGUUUUUUCAAUAAAUGUUUUUCUCGAGGAAAAAAAUCUGCGGCAACAAAAGCGCGCUCGGUCUCUUCCUUCGGAAGAGAGCGGUGUGGCCGAGUGGUUAGAGCGCUGGGUUGGAAAUCCGCGGGAAACGGGUUCGAUUCUUUUUGCCACACUAGAUCCCAUUUUUUACAUUGGAACUACUUUUAAAGUGUAGUUGUAAUCCAAUUUGAUAUGUUAAGGCUUGUCAAGGCCUCAGAAUUUAGUUUAGCACAAAACAAAAUUUUUUUAUUGGUAAAAACACGGUCAAAAAGACACUUGCAUGGUAUCGCGAGAAAACUUCUGAGGACAAAAACAUGUCAUUAGACCAAAAUUAGGCAGCUAAUUUUUAUAUAUUCUGAAUCAGAAAAUUUUUGCGAAUUUUUUGAUAUAUAUCUCGACCGGUAAUUCCACACCCCAUAGAAGUACUUUCCUUGUUAGGAAAAUCGGCGGAGUCUUUGCGGAGAAAUCCGAAGAAAAAAGUUGUUAGUUUCAAGUGGCCCACCCUGUACAUACCCGGAAAAGUCCCACUUCACGGGAAUUUGGGUAUAUACCCGGGGUAUAUGCCCCGUCCGAACCCUACUCGCGGGGCAUAAAGUUGUAAUGACUUUACGUGCCAAAUUUCAAAGCGAUCAGGUUAUCUUCACUGGAGAUAACCUGAUCGCUUGAUGGGUGGUGAAAAAUGUAUGUCCGGCAGUAUAUUUGUCUUUACGAGUGUUAAAUGUAAUUGAAGGCUGUUUCAGAAUGUAAAUUAUCUAAAUAAUCUUCCCAGACGCGAAAACAUUGUCAAGGAUCCAUUGAGGGCCAAGUUAUUCCAAUUCUGUGAAAGUGAGAGACCCCCUUAUUAUGGAACAUGGAGACAUAGAAGUUCCUUGAUUACAGGACGGAGGCCGUGGUUUAAAGCUGUAAAUGUAGGUUAGCUGAUGCGUGGCAUUAAGAUUUUUUAGCAAGUGGAUUAUGAUCGUGAUUCUGAGAACGAAUGGGAGCCUGAGCCAUCUGAGGGAGAAGACUGUAAAUCCGAGAAAGAAAGUGCUGUAAGUAUUGUCUUUAUUAUAUUUCGAUUAAAACCUCAUGUCUACGUCUGUUUCAGAAAGGAGAAGAAUAUCAAAACGACGAAUUUUUGAUGGAUCACGGUUAUCUUUCCUCGAAUGAAGGAAGCGGCGAUGAAGUAGAAGAUGUAAAUGGCGUCAGACAACAUACUCGUCGAGCCGGCGAGUUCACUACGGACAACAAAAGAAAAGACCUUCGAAAAAAGCGAAAAGAAUUGAAGAUAAAAUUCUACGGAGUCAGCUACAAAAUGCCAAGAAGUAAUACUAUUUCAUUGGAGUUGUAUAAGCACGUCCAGAAAGGAUUUAUUUUCCGUUAUGGAGCCAACUAA